AACGCGCUUGCACCAGAAUGCGACCCGUGCGUGAACCCGGGCUGGUUUUAGUGCCAUUGCGCAGCUCCUGACCCGGACCCCCGAACCCGCUCCAGCUGGGUCUGCUCGGAUCAGCCCGUUUAAGCAACUUCCCGAGGAAUAUUCUACUUUCUCUGCGUCGCUGAGGAAAGUUUGGCAUGUUUGGCGUGUUUUUCCCCUCCAGAGAGAUGCGCUGAUGUGAUGACAUCGUGCGUAAAACCGUGGAACCAGAAGUUAUCUGAUUAUCUGAAAGCGUUGAAACUUAGUCUCCGCGCGCACUUGGACAGCCCUUGUCCGUGCGUGUUUCCUGCUGCUGCUGCCGACUGUCGGAUGGUCUAAAGCUGGUCUAAAGCUGGUGUAAAGCUGGUCUGGAGCGGGUGUGGAGGCUGCACCUCCGCUGGAUGAGAUGCCAGCAUGUCCUUUACGCAGCGCCUCGCUCUGCUGCUGCUCGGCUUCGCCUUCAUCCACGCGCAGGUUAAUGGGAGGUUUCCUCACUGCCUGUUCCUCUGGGAGAUGCAGAAGGCCAGAGGAGAGUGUGAGACACAACUGCAGCAACAGACGCCGGCUGCUGGAGGAUGUCCAGGCGAGUGGAACAACGUCUCGUGUUGGCACAGCGUGACCGUCGGUGAAGUGCGGACCGUCCGCUGCCCUUUCCCUUUCCAGCUGUUUUUUGGCAAAAACGGCAGCCUCAGCAGGAACUGCACCGACAAAGGCUGGUCCUCCGUCUACCCCGACAUCGGCACCGCCUGCUCCUCAGACGUCACAGACAAGCCCAAAGAGCUGGUGUUCUACAAGGUGGUGCAGGUUCUGUCCACUCUGGGCCACAGCAUGUCGCUCGUCUCUCUGCUCAGCAGCACCGUCAUCAUGUGUUUGUUCAGGAGGCUCCGCUGCAUGAGGAACUACAUCCAUCUGAACUUGUUUGUGUCGUUCAUGCUGCGGGCCGUGGCGGUUCUGGCCAAAGACACCGUGCUGUUCACCGAGGACGAAACUACGGACUGCAGCACGCAGCCCUCGAUGGUGGGCUGCAAGGCCAUCCUGGUUUUCUUUAACUACUUUGUCAUGGCCAACUUCUUCUGGCUGCUGGUGGAGGGCCUGUACCUGCACACGCUGCUGCUGGUCAUGCGCACGUACUCCACCCGCCUCUCCGUCUACAUGUUCAUCGGCUGGGGAAUCCCCUUCGUCUUCAUGGUGGCGUGGAUCAUCAGUAGGAUCAAACUGGAGGACACCAGCUGCUGGGAGAUAAACGACAGCCCCAUCCCCGACAGACUCAUCAACUGGCCCAUCAUGGCAUCGGUGAUUAUCAGUUUUGCUCUGUUCAUCAGCAUCAUUCGUGUCCUGGUGCAGAAACUGCGCUGCUCGGAUGUCGGAGGAACCUAUCACUCUCAGUACGGGCGGCUGGCGAAGUCCACCCUGCUGCUGAUCCCUCUGUUCGGGGUCAACUACGUGGUGUUUUUCUACCUGAUGGAGCCGGCUGAUAAAGUCUUGAAGCAAAUCAAGAUCUUCUUCGACCUGGGCAUCGGAUCCUUCCAGGGUCUGAUCGUAGCCGUCCUCUACUGCUUCCUAAACAGCGAGGUCCAGAGCGAGCUGAGAAGGACGUGGAGGAGUGUCUGCGCGAAGCGCUGCGCCGGGCGGGAGUACAGACUCCGGACCAUGCCAGCCAACCCCAACGGCACCGACAAGGCGCCUCCGUUUCCCAGGAACACCCGGGCCCAGUCCAUCCUGCAGACGGAGACCAGCAUGCUCUGAGCCGGGUCCAGUCUGGCGUUUUCAGUUGGGCAGCUUUUAAAACCGGUCUUGUUACCGUCUGUAU